GUUUAUAGUUCUAUUUGGCAACCAUGCUCCAAAAUCUAAGUAGCGGUCGGUAAAGCGUCUGCUUCUUUCCGUCAGUCGAGUUGUACUACACGUGCUGUUCAAACGAUACUAAUUUGACAGUUGACGAUCUAGUUCGACGCAGAAAUGGUGUUUUUUGUUUGCAAUGGUUGUGGCACCUCUGUGAAAAAGAACCAAGUGGAGAAACAUCAAUAUCAGUGCAGGAGGUCUCAGCAUCUGUCAUGUGUAGAUUGUUCCAAAGAUUUCAUAGGGCAGGAAUAUAAGGCACAUAUCAAAUGUGUGUCAGAAGAAGAAAAGUAUUCUGGUAAAGACUAUGUAGCUAAACCCAACCAGAACAAGAAUGAAAGAAAACAAACUGAAUGGGUUGCAAUGAUUCAGAAUCUUGUUGAAAAGGUAGGGAACACAAAUGAUGAGUUGAGUAGUGCUCUUCAGCGAAUUAGUCAACAUGAAAACAUCCCAAGGAAAAAGCCCAAAUUCAUUAAUUUCUUGAAAAAUAUUCUUGGCAAUAGAGUGCCUCCUAGGAUAACUGAACAAUUAUGGGAUUUGAUAUCUAAAGAGAUUGAAGAGCUACGAGUUAGCAAAGCACCCAAUGUGAACAACAGCAGUACGAAGGUAGCAGAAAAAACAGAGAAAACCUCCGACGAAGAAAAUGGAAUCAAAAGAAAACAUGAUGGUGAAAAUAAAAAUCCCGUCAAUGGUAACAAAAAAAGAAAAACGGAACCUAUCGAUUGUCAGAACGAAAACAUCUGUAGUCAAGGGAAUGAUACUAUUAAUUCUGUCGGAGUCGAUUCAUCCGCGAAAGUCAAAUGGUGCACAAUUGGCAAAAUUAUUUUACGUGCCCAGGAUGACAAAGAGUUAUCUUUGAAAAAAUUUCAAAAGAAAAUCAUUGGAGAAUAUUUAAACCGAAUGGGAGAUUCUCUCUGUGCUGAUGAAACAGUUGAGGUUUUGUGGUCUAAAUGCCAAAAAAAAUUGUCCAAAAACCCUAAAUUUAAAAUCCAUAAAGAAAAAAUCAAGCUUGUCUCAUAAUGCCGCUCUGUGCAAUGACUAGAUCGACCAACAAAUUAAACGAUCUAUGUACUUGUUA